UCUCAACUAUGUUUCUCCUUGAACGGGCAGCCCGACGGAAGGAUUCGCGCACCAUCCGUUCAGAACUCGCGCUCGACACAGGUCAGUUACCUUGGACGAAACGAAACUCGCCGUGCGUCUUUAUCGCGCGUGUGUCAUGUUGCUGUGUCCGCAGAAGAGAGUUUGGGUCUGCGUCGAUGCCUGUCGCCCAGAGAUCUGGUGGCAUAUGGGGUGCGCGCAGACCGUGGAACGCAGAGGCGACGAAUCAAUGAUAUCUGGGUCCGUCUUGCGUUGUCUUGUGUUCAGGUCUCGUGUACAGUGGGUGCGGGGAUCUACCUUACAGCAGGCACGGCAGGCAAACAGCAUGCAGGUCACUCAACACACCCUUAUCCUCUCGCGGCUCGCCUGUUGCUAGCUGCCUGGGCGCGAUUUGUGUGUGCGUGUGUGUGUGUGUGUCUGUCCAUGUGCAGGGCCUGCGUUGUUUAUAUCGUUCAUCAUCGGCGGUGUGAUAGAGCCUCACCUCAUCUGCACAACCUCACCUCAUCAUCACUACUUUGUCUGGCCUCACUGUCUUCAGGUGUGGCCUGCCUCAUGAACGCUCUUUGCUACUGUGAAUUCGCCUCCAGGAUACCCGCAGCAGGUAGGGCGAAUGGGAUGGAUGGAUGGACGGAUGGGCAGACGGCCUGUAUAGCUAUAUAAUAAAACGUGUGUGUGUGUGUGUGUGUGUGUGUGGCAGGGAGUGCGUACAGCUAUGCGUACAACACGCUUGGCGAGUGCAGCGCCUUCAUCAUGGGCUGGAUCUUAUUCCUCGAGUAUGGAGUGUCGGCAGCAGUGACCUCCAGGUAAGGUACACCACACCAACAACCAAGCACAGCACCUACAGAUGAAGACACUGACACAUCUUUCUUGCUCCCCUGCCUGCCCCACCCCAGGGGCGUGUCAGCCUACAUCGAGGCCUUCUUCCACGCCUGUGGGUUGCCCCUGCCCCCCUUGCUGACCGACUACACCCCCCCUGGCCCCGCUGGCUACUUCUUCUCCUUCUCCCUGAUCGCCCCGCUCACCAACCUCAUCUGCACAUUGAUAUGUGCGUGGGGGGCAGAGGAGUCAGUCACCUUCACCAAGGUUGCCACUAUCGUCAACGUCGGCCUCAUCGGCCUCUUCGUGGUGGCGGGGAGCUUCUUCUUCGAUCCCAAAAACUUCGUCCCGUUUGCGCCCUUUGGCGUCAAUGGGGUGGUGCAGGGAGGGAGCCUGGCUGUCUUUUGUUUUAUUGGCUUUGACGCUGUUUCAUGCCUUGCUGAGGAGGUGCAGAAGCCACAAAGGGAUAUUCCGAGAGGUGAGCAGGGUGGAUGGAUGGGGCGGUGGAUGGAUGGGGCACAUGCGCCACUCGUGUGUAUGUGUGUGUGUGUGUGUGUGUGUGUGCAGCUCUCCUGGGCACAUUGGCCAGUGUGACAGUGAUGUACGCCCUGUGCGGGCUCGUGCUGAGCGGCAUGGUGCCCCUGGCUGAGAUGAGUGAAAGCGCCGCACUAGCCAUGGUGAGAGGACACACAGACACACAACCAGACAGCCAUCUUCCUUCUCGAUUGCCUCGUCGCUUGUUUCUUUCUGUCUGUCCAGGCAUUCGAGUACCACCAUGCGCACUGGCUGUAUUUCCUGGUGUCGCUGGGUGCCGUCACGACAAGCUUCUGGUCGGUGGGGUGGGAGGGUAAACCCUCGAACCCCUCGGUCAUGGCCUUUCCCACUUGCCUGGUAUGGCCUUCCUUUGUUUCUUCUUGACGCCUGUCAGCACCACGCUCACCUGCCUGAUGGGCCAGCCGCGGAUCUUCUACCGUAUGGCGCUGGACGGCCUGUGGUUGCGGGUCUUCGCCGAUGUCAAUCCGCGGACGCUGCUGCCCGCUAAGGUGGGUAGGUGUGCAUUAUGAGAGAGGUGUGUGUGUGUUAAUCGAUAUGGUGUGAGAUUGAUAUUGCUUCAUAGGGGAUUUGGAUAACGGGAGCUGUGGUGAUCCUCUUAUCGGCGUGCAUCAACUUCACCUUCCUGGUCAGGUCUUUCAGCCAGGCGCAUCGGCAAACACACGGGGCUGCACGCCACCCAUCUCAUGAUCUGAUCUGAUGUGAUUUAAUGUGUCUCUCUGUGUCGCUGGUCUGCCCGCAGAUCAACCUCAUCUCGGCGGGUACCCUGCUGUCGUACGCCGUGGUGUGUGCGGGCAUCCUGCUCGUGCGGUACAUCCCCUCCCAGCCGCCCAUCCUCCCACCCAUCCCCGAAGAGGCAGACACAGCCACCGAGCAGCAAGUGACGGAGGCGUCGUUCACCAACCUCAACCUCACCACCAGCCUCACCACCACCAUAACCAUCCCCCCUCCCCCAUCUCUGCCAUCGCCGCCUUUCGUGGCCUCCCUCAUAGGGUCUUUCUUCCUGCUGGCCCUGCUGGCGGGGUAUUCGCUGGCUUAUCAAUGGCCUCUUGCUGUGACGGUCGUCAUAUGGGUGUUGUUGCUGCUGGUGGUGGCGGCCUUUGUGGUCGUCGAGAGGCGGUUUCUCAAGUGGCGGGGGGCCAACGAGUUGCCCUCGGUGUCACAUAGGAGUGGCGCUCCUGGUGGGGGGAGGAGCGAUGUAUCUCCUGGCCGCGCUGCUGCUGCUCCUGCUGCUGCUACUGCUGUUGGAGUUGGGGGAGCUGGGUUGACCACCAAGGCAGCGCGAAUGCGGCGGAGUUUCAGCAUGCAGGAGUGCUUCGAGUGUCCCGGGGUUCCCGUGGUGCCCCUUGUGGGCAUCGUCAUCGACGUCUACCUCAUCGCCACCAUGCGGCUGCCGAUGCUCCUGGACCUCGCCACAUACCUCCUGAUUGGGUGUGGCUUCUAUUUUCUCUAUGGCGCUUUCCACUCGUCCCUCAACACGCCCCUGUCCACCACUUUGCCCUCUCUCAACACCACGGACGCCCCAUCGCCCGACAACAACAACAGCAGUGUGGUCGACAAUGUGCGAGGGGGCGAUGCGGGUGGCGGGGGCAGCCCUCUGGCUGCCACCAGCCCCUCUAUCGACAACCAGAAAGGAGUGCCGCUGCUGGCCGGGGCCAGCAGCUGAGUGAGACAAAAUGAUGUGGCCGGGCCGGAUGGGGUGGAUUGGAUGGUCGUGCGGGCACCGCGCGGAGGGGUGUUUUGUGUGUAUGGUAUGGUGUGGUGUGGCUGGUCGUUUCACACAUACUCUUUUUGCUGUUUUGAUAGCUCAGUUGUGACUGACAGUGGUAGUAUAGGCUCAGUUGGUAGGCCUAUUGGACCUUCCCCUUCCCCUCUUCUCCUCUCUCUUCUCCUCUGGUGGACUCUCUCUCCCUCUCUCUCUCUCGUGUGUCGCGUUGCCUUGUUCUGCCUUGCGUGCACCCCCCCCCCCCCC